GAGAGCGAUGUGGACUCUGAAACGGGAUCAGAAAUAGUAAAAUCCCAGGGAAUAUAAAUUAAAUUGGGGCUCCGAUAGCCUUGAAAACAUCCGCAUACAUCCACCAACAGCAAUGGGUGUAUGAAAGGAAGAUCUAGUGGGGAAUAAUUCGUAAAUGACUUUAUUUUUCGUAGGACGCUACCUCUUUCAUCGGCCUCUCACAGUCCUAAUGCAGUGCUCGCGUGAAAGAAAAGGAUGAAUGUUUGAUUCCUGACCGCGCAGCCUUCCUCUCUUUUCCCGGCCCGUCUGUUUUGGACUUGCUAUGGUGGACUCGAAUGCAAUGAGGAAGACUUUUGUGGUCCCGGACAUAAAACCAUUGGAUCAGUAUGAUUUGACCAGAGCCAGAGUCUGCGCCAGUGUCGGGUGGCUGCUGGCGAAAUCUUACGGCAAUGCAGAGAAUGUUCCGGUAGAUCUGCGAGACCCGUUCUACUGUGACCAGUAUGAGCAAGAGCACCUGAAGCCUCCCGUCACACGCCUUCUACUGUCCCCUGAAAUCUACUGUCGCACUUACGGUCUUCUGCUGAGCGGAAGCCCGGGGGCCGAGGGACCCCCCAAAGAUAUCCCAGCCCUCCUGCAGCUCCUGGCCAGAAAGGGCUUGGCACCCAAAGAUCAGAAUGCCCCCGUGACAGAGUCCGAACUCCAGCAGAAGCCCAUCAAAAUGAGUGCCCACUUGGAGUUGAUUGAUGCUUUAAUGGCAUUGGGUGCCAUGGAGACGGUGAGCUCUGUCAUGGCGAUUGGCGGAUCUGAGCUGCUUGGUACAGAUGCAAGCUGGGACAGAGCCCUGCUGUGCUGGGUGAACAUGCUGAAUCAAAAAUUGAAGGAGCAAACAGAAGGUACACUGACUGAUGCAUCUCAACCUUGCAAUGAACCACAGCCUGUUCAGCCUUCGUGUCCCACCCGCUGGUACUGGAAACUUGUUCCUAUCCGGUACAGGAAGGACAGGAUGCAGUCUAAGCUUAAACCCUGUUUUCCUGUGGUGACUGAAGUGAAGGAUCUCUCAAACGGAUGUGCCAUUGCUGCUGUUAUUCACCAUUAUUGUCCUGGUCUGCUUCAAUUAGAAGAUGUCUGUAUGAAGGAUUCUAUGUCUACGGCUGACAACCUGUACAACCUACAGCUGAUUCGAGAGUUCUGUGACAGCUGUCUGAAGAGCUGCUGCCCUCUAGUGCUGGAGGAUUUUCUCUACAGCCCCGAUGAAUUAAAGACAAACAUCCUGAGCUUUUUGGCAGACCUCUUGUAUUGGUUUGAGGUGUCAAAGCCAGAGUUUGUUCAGCCCCUGCAGGACUCUGAGCUAACUGAAACCUCUGGAAGGACUGAUAAUGGCAACAGUGGAACCAACAGUGGUUCUCCCUCCAUCUUCAAAAAGCCCUUCCUGCCCAUCUCUUCCCCUGUGAAUGCAGCGACAGGAUCUCUGACUCAGUCUACCUCAAUGUCUCAUGUUGAAGCAGUUGGAGGAACAUGGACUAAGAAACAGCUCAGUCGUCCCCUGUCCUCUGCGGUGUCCUUUAGUAUCCCUUUUGGUCUGGACAGUGAUGUGGACAUUGUGAUGGGGAACCCUGUAAUUACUCGCUCUGUCAGCUCAGACAAUCUCAACCCUGCUGGACAAUCCAUGACACGAGUCCCCUACACCCCUCCUGAGGACCUUAGCCACUUGCUGAGCAAGGCCCCUGGCUCCAAUGGCCCUCAGAGAGCUUCCUGGGCUACUAGGACUCGUCCAAUGCUGGCUGAGGAGAAUGGCAUUGAUGAGAGUGAGACAGGUGAGUUGCCCACCAUCGAAGAGGCACUGCAAAUCAUCCACAAUGAGGAGAAGAUUGAGCCACGCCUCCACCCUGACGGGGCACCUGAUGGUUUCUUCCUGCAUUCACCAGAUGAUCCAUUAAAUGCACGACACAAUGGUAGCACUGUGGCUCUCAGCUCGUCAGCCCCAUCCCGCUCAGGAAUGCUCUACCACCGAUCCUCAGGAGUGCCACCAGACCCUAGCCGUACCAGACACACAUCAGAAGGCUCCAGAGAUGACGACUCUGUGUUAAGAGAUGGAAGUGUGGAUUCAGAUGCUUCUGAAGACCUUUUAAAAACCCACUCCAUGCCUGCCACGCCCGCAUCUGGGCCUCGCAUAACACAAUCACGUGGUGAAGAGACACCAGACAGCGGCGUCAGAAUGACCAGCUUCGCCGAACGGAAGAAGAAAGUUGGUCCAGAACAGAUAAGGCCCAAUGAAGUACAGGCUCCGCAAAUGACUACCUGGGCCAAGAAGUCAGAGGAGAGCCCCAGCAAAAGUCCUGCUCUCAGCACCGAGAUGUCGGAAUUGGGUGCAAGACUGGAGGAGAAGCGUAAGGCCAUUGAAGCUCAGAAGAAACGCAUUGAGGCCAUCUUUGCCAAACACCGACAACGGCUGGGGAAGAGUGCCUUCCUACAGCUGAAAAAGGAGCAGGAGGAUGGGGACGGUGAGGAAGGGCAACAAGGGGAGGUCAGCGCCUCAUCCGUUGAGGAUGAGUUGGCGCUGGAGGAGAGACUGACACGUUUGGAGAGCGAGGAGCAUCAGAAGGAGCAAAUAGGUGAACAGCUGAAAAAGCACCACUCAGUGGAGGAAGAGGAGAAUAUAAAUUCCUCUCCGCAACAGGACAAUCCAGCAGAGAAUGACAAAGCUGAAGUAGGGGUACCUGGAGGGAAAGGCACGGCUCCACUGGGUCAUUACAACAACGCAGUGUCUAAACUAAGUGCUGCUCUUAAUUCUCUUCAGAAUGAUAUGCAACGCCUCUCGGAGCAGCAGAGCCAGCUGAUGAAGAAGAAAGCAUCUCCCAACAACCAGGCUUGGGUCAUCCCACCAAGCCCCAAACCAGCAAAUGCCCCUUCUCGUCUGUCAAGGGACUCCACUCGUGGCCUACCCUCUACCUCUUCCUCUCCUUCACCAUCACGUAAUAAAUCAGGUCAUACCGCACCCCCAAAAUCACCUGGGUCUCACCGAAGGGCGCAGUCUGCACCUCCAAAAAGCCCCAGAAUGCACCACCACUCCCGACCUGCAGAUCUCAAGACACCUGCUUCCACACGAUUCAUAACUCUCCCUCAGAGUGUGGAAAACCUCCCUCACUUACGAAGAGGGUCCCCGUGGCAGUACAGGGAUCAGACAUUUUCUUCUUUCAGCAUAGGCACACCCAAUCAGAGUGAAUCCCGUUCAGCUUCCUCACUAGCCAGACACGAGGACAACUUCUCAGACACUGGCUCUAGUGAGGACCAUACAAUCUUUAGUAUGGACCUGGAGGGUGAUUCCUCACAGGCUCUGUCCCGAAAGGAGCAUCGAGGUGGCAGCAGCUCAGGAGCUCCUUCCGAGUGCUCUUUUGAGAGCGAUGUUCCUGCAGCAGCUUUCAACGGCAAACGCAACAGCCUUAUCGAGAUCUCUUUGUCCUCUCUGAAAGCACUGGAGGGUGAAGAGGCUGAUCAAAGCCAGGACAUCUUCUCUGACUCAAUGAGUGACCAGACAGAGCCAGAAAUAAGGGGAGGAGUUGGAUUCUUCUUCAAGCAGGAUGAAGCUCGACCUGAGGAUGAGAUGGCUCAGAGAAGAGCUGCAUUACUUGAAAAACAACAGAAGAGAGCGGAGGAGAUGAAGAGACGAAAACAGGAGCAAGAAAGAGAGAGGGAGGCGAGUAGGUCUUCUUCAGUGGAUGACACCCGUAAAGGGGAGGAGAGACCCCAGACUCCUUGCACCCCUCCACCUUCCUGCACCCCUCCACCAGAGGGCACUCCUCAGCGUCGUGGAGACUUUACCCGCCAGGAGUAUGAACGCCGCCAUCAGCUUAAAAUAAUGGAGGAUCUGGAUAAAGUUCUCCGUCAGAAGCCCACUACAGUCAGAGGCGUCAAAAAGCAGAGGCCAAAAACGGUGUUUAGAGAUGACUCCGACCUCUCCCGCAGCCCUGCCAAAGGGUUCAUGGGUUCUAGACUAAAUAAGGUUUACUCCCAUUCGACAACAAAUCUGUCCUCCAUGGCCAGUGACAGCGGGACCCUAACUGUCAGGAAAUCUCCAAGUCGUUCUCAUUCACCAUCCAGACUGCUGUCUCCGGGCCGUCUUGCUGCACGGAAUGGCGACUGGGAAAAUGCAUCUAUUAUUUCAUCUACAGCCUCCAUUCCAGAAUACACUGGGCCUAAACUCUACAAGGAGCCAAACUUCAAGUCCAAUAAGUUCAUUAUCCAUAAUGCCAUCUCACGCUGUUGUUUGGCAGGCAAGGUCAACGAACCCCAAAAAAACAAGAUUGUAGAGGAAAUGGCGAAAAGUCCUGCAAACCAUUUCCUCAUCCUGUUCCGGGACACCAGCUGUCAGUUCCGGGCGGUGUACACCAUGAACCCCGAGACGGAGGAGAUGGUCCGGCUAACAGGCGUUGGCCCGCGCGUCAUAAGUCCCUCUAUGGUGGAGUCCAUCUACAAGUACAGCUCUGACCGCAAGCAGUUCACAGCCAUCCCGUCCAAGACCAUGUCCAUGAGUGUGGAUGCCUUCACCAUUCCUAAUCAACUAUGGGAACGCAAACGCCCGGGAACCCCAAAGAAGCUCGGAACCCCAAAGUAAAACCUGCUGGAAAUGCCAUCAAUGCCUGAGCUGGUCCUGUCAGGAUUUUCUCCUCUGGUGUUGCCAUGAGAAAGAGUGGAGUAACAAAACGAGGCCCUAAAACCAAAAAUCAUAAAAUCAACGGUUGUCAGAGGUUCAUGGUUGGCGAGUGUGCAAAGCCUUUGUAUGUAACUAACAGGUCAAGUACGAAAGAUCUACUCCGAAAUCUCCAUAGCCAUUUUCUUCAGGUAACCCAAGUGAUAACAGAAGACAUAUUGCAAAGAAAUGGACCGAUUGAUUAUCUAAGAUGUGCAAAAACUAUCUCUGACUGUUCAAUGUUAAAACUCUAGGAAUCUCAUUGAAUUUCACCAUUCAAGAAUACUGAAUGUCCUCAUAAUGGCGAGAACAACCACGGCUCUAAGAAAUGUUACUGUCCUCCAGCUCUUCUCCUUCUUUUCUCAAAUAACUGGAUCAUAUGUGGUGUAAAAGGACGCCUCCGAUGAAAUCAGAUCACCACUACUUUCUGAUGAAUGUAGGGCACAGACCAACACAGGCCUUCUUCAUUUUUAUCAUCAGCAGCCGCUCAGUCUUUUGGGACUGAAUGUAGAGCUGCAUUACAAGGGGGCACAGCCAUUCCUAUUCGUCACAUAGUGAGAAAAUGUCUCAUGCUGCUGUCCAUUUCGAGUCUGUCUUGCUCUCCAAUACAACCUAAAGUCAGCAGUAAACAUCUGGAUGUUUUUAUUCUCACUACAUCUGACUUAAUCUAACUGGAUUAUUCAAGAAUGUGGACCUCAGGAGAGUAUGUUAAUAGGCUCAAAUAUUUUUCCUUCCCAUGUGCUUUAACGAAGAAUGAAGAAAAAAAAUCUAAGCAAAAAGAUGCCAGAAUUGGCUGUUGAUUUCCAUUAAAGAAGCUCAAAAAAUGUAGGUCUUUUUACUCUGUUUAGAUGUAACUGAAAAAAAAUCAAGGUUGAUUUAAUAUACUGUAUAUUUGAAUGCUGUUCAUUGCUGAUUCUUUUCAUUUUUGACAAUGAUUUGUAUAUUGUGAAGAUUUGUAAGUGAUGAAUAAGCUACCCUGCUGCUUUAAUCCUUGAGCUGGAUGUCCUGAUGUGAAUGAGUGAGAUCGGGACUGGAGAAAGAGUGAGAUGGAUCUCGAGAGACAAUAAAUGCCAAGCAUAUGUGAUUUAUUUAACUUGCUUAUUUACCCAGAGCUGAAUGAACAAGUGACCUGCGGGAGCAAAAAGUGAUAUAUUAAAAGUGAACGCAAACAGAUAAUGAUAUAAAAUGAACACUAACAGAUAGUGAAAUAAGGCGUAUCAACAGCAUUAAGUGAUUGUUGUUUCUAUUGACUAUUAUCUAUGAAUCGGCUUCAAACUGUCUGACUUGGCCUUAUUCUUUCCUUGAAUGGCGUUAGUGGUCUGUCUUUUUGUAUAAAAUGGGCAUUUAGUCAGUUUCUCUUCAUUAAAGCACUAAAGUAACUGAUUCAAUCAGGCCACUAUCUCCUACCUAUGGAGAACUAGAUUAAGUACUCUAGUACCGAUUUGCCCAAUGUACAUAUUUUUGUAAAGGGCAACAAAAAACUAUCAUUUUUGAAAUGGUUGAAUGAUGUUUCUGUGUCAAAUGAAUGGGGUGUGUGUGUGUGUGUGUGUGUGUGUGUGUGUGUGUGUGUGUGUGUGUGUGUGUGUGUGUCUCUCUGUUGGGAAGAACAUCAUUGGUAAAUGUAACUGGAUUCUGUGCAAUGUCUGUAGAAUGUUAGGUCACCUAUGGUGUAUUUAUUGGGUAAGAAUGAAGCUAGAGUUAUUUUCUCUACGUUUAGUUUCAGAUUUGUUUUAUUUAUGUUCAGGCAAAGGUGAUGAUUCAGUUGUUCUUUUCAUAAAGCAGAUUCUCCUUUGCUGUUUCCAUGUUCAUGUUGGUAGAUUGUGUUUUCUUCUCCCACUAUCUUUGAUUACAGAUCAAUCCCAUGUGACUGGAUUAGAAAAAUACAUUUUUAA